GUUCAUAUUUAUAAUCAGAGAUGAUAUAGUGAGCAGAUGUGUGUGCUCACCUUCAAAUUUCACUAUGGUUACAGAUAAAAGUUUGUGACAGUUCUUACUGCAGAUGCAGCUGUGUUUUUGUGACGUGAUCUAAACUGCCUUUUAACUAAGUUGUCAUGUGACAUAUUUGGUGUGCGUGUGUGUGUGCGUGUGUUUUUGUGAGACCACAUCUGUGUGUGUGUGUGUGUGCUGAUGCUGAGCUCAGACGUUUAUCUUAAACAAACUCAUUAAUGGUGAUGGUGACGUGAGGUGAGAGCAUGAGCAGCAGCUGGAGCUCACCAGGACUGAUGAAGACUGUGAGAUAUAACGUUGUGAACUUCUGUAGAUUAUCUCGAGCUCAGGCUCCUGUCAUGACUUCCCUGACCACAAAUACAACAAUCUUCACCUGCAGCUCAGCCUCUGCGGCCGUUUCCUUCCUCUUCUGCUUGUUUUCCAGCAGAUUUGCAUUGUUGAGUGCAAAACAGGCGCACAGGUAGCAUUUCCUUUACCUGCAAUGCGCAGACGGACAAGGAGCCACCGAGCAAGGAAGCACUCACUCCUUGCUGUUGCUGGCUGCACUGACUGAGACCCUGAGAUUAUCUGGAAUCAAAAAGUCCGAGAUGAAGAUAAAGGAGAUGCUGAGUCUGGUCCAGGUGCCCUCCAUCCUCAUUCUGGGCCUGGUUUACGUGGCCUACGUCCUCAUCGGUGGGGUUGUUUUCUGGAAGUUGGAGGGAGAGCACGGACAGGCGGACAUCAGUCAAGUAAUGAUAAGAAGACGCAACCUGCUCAUGACGUACACCUGUCUGAACCAAGAGGGCCUGGACGAAAUGGUUCAGAUUGUUCAUGAUGCAUCAAAGUUGGGCCUGAGUUUGAAAAGCAACCGCACGUCAGACGGCUUCUGGAGGUUCACCAGCUCGGCCGUGUUUGCUGCCACUGUGGUCACAACUAUAGGUUAUGGGAGCAUGAGUCCCAGCUCCACCAAAGGACAGAUCUUCUGUGUGUUCUUCGCACUCAUCGGCAUCCCGCUCAACGUCGUGGUGCUCAACAGGGUGGGCAAGUACAUGCUCGUUAUCGAGAGGAAAAUAUGUGACUUCUUUGAGGGAAAGACUGGGCGAAGGAAGGUGUCCCGCUUCUGUGUCCACCUGGUGUCCUACUUACUCGGCGUACUUCUCUUCUUCAUCAUGCCCAUGCUGGUGUUCCAGAAGUUUGAGGGCUGGAGCUUGUCCCAGACCAUCUACUACUGCUUCAUCAGCCUCAGCACCAUCGGCUUUGGAGAUUAUGUGGCAGACACUAACCCUGACAAACAUUACCCAGACUGGUACAGCGUCCUGAUGGCCUCGUGGAUCUUCUUUGGCCUGGCUUGGUUGGCUCUGGUCAUCAACCACUCCAUCGACAUCCUGGAGCAGCUCAACAACCUGGUCAAACAGCGGUGGGGUGGAGCCAAGCGGGGGGAGGAGUCUUCUUCCGGCGGCACAGAACCUGACAAUCCCGACUCGUGCGAGGGCGAGGGCGAGGACGACGAGAUCAGGAAGCCUCCGAUAAGUCAGUGAAUCUGUUUCUGUGAGAUUUCGACACCAAACGAAAGAUUCAUUUUUACUGAGUCACUUUUGUUUGAUGCAAAGAAGAAGAAGAAGAACUGUCUUAAAAGAAGAGAGAAGUCUCUCUGCAUCAGCCAGCUUUUAAUCCUCAAACCAAACAGUAAUACUGAUAUCAGCACAUCACUCUCUCUCUCUCUCUCUCUAUGAAUAGUGCAUUUACUCAUAAUGUGUGUGUAUAAAUAUGAGGCGUGUCUGUGGGUGUUACUAAUGCAUUAAACACUAAAUGAUAUAUACGACACAUUUUUUUUUCAGUAAAUAAAAGAGACCAGAAGAUGUAACUGA